AUGGCGUUUCAACAUCUGCUUGUCGUUUUGCUGUACUCAUCUGUGAUUCAAGGAAGAGGAGAUGAAACCUUCGAGGUUGUUCCGAACAUCUACAAAUUCAUUUCCGAUAACGCUUAUAUCUGUAGCCCGGUGUUUCUGCCCGAUGGAAGUUUAGUGUCGUUUCUGAACGAAGAGCAAGGAUUGAAAUGCAACGAGUGUGAAGAAGUGUCUGGAGAAAACAUUGACAGUGCAUGUGGUGUUCGGAUAUUAAACAAUAGCACCGAUCCAGUGACAUGUUUUGAGCUUCCGCCGCUUUGUGUCGAGGAAUAUAGUCUACGAUUUGCUGCACAGUUACAGUCAAAUGAUGUGAACAAUAAAGAGGAAAAGUCGGACGAGAUGACAACGGACAUGACAGAUAUCUCGUCGGACGGCAUUGAAACUAUUGAGAAGUUGACAAAGGAACGCUUUGAAAACUUUCGAAAGAGCUCUGUCAUAGAGACUACUGUCGAACCUAGAAUUGAAUCUGCAACAAUUUCAUUCGUCGAGCCAGUCGAAGCAGUUACGACAAACAUGCCAACCCGAGCCGAAUCACCAAAUUCAACCCAUCCAACUCUUCUUCCCCUUUCCAAACAAGACCCUCAGGAUGGAAAUGAUCAUGAAGUCACUAUUAAUGCCGGCAUCUUGAGCGAAGGAAAAAUCAUUGAAACAAGAACUAUUGUUCCAAUGUUCGAAAUUCCGACGGGAACUCCAAGUGACGAAAUCGAAAUGAAAGCGGAACAAAUUGGAAAUGAUGUUGUUGGACAACCUGAAACAUUUGAUGAGAAUCAGAUGAUCAUGGAAGAGCCCAUCGCGAUGGAAAAGAGGAGAAAUCUUUUCAUUGGAACUACGACUGUCCCAACGACGACAAUUCGGACUACCACUCCCUUCAUUUGUGAAGACAAACAUAAUCUAUGCUGCUUCUGGGCAACCACUGGAGAAUGCACAAAAAACCCGUUCUGGAUGCAUUUGAAUUGCGCGAAAACAUGUGGAACUUGCAAUUGUACAUUGGAUGAAGCGGACACUUGUGAAUCAACUGGAAUCAAAUGCACCCUUCCCACUACAACAACAACCACCACGACUACUACGACAACACCUCCGCCAACCACAACAACUCAACCAACAACUACAACGACCAAAAAACGUUUCACUCGUCCUUUUACCCCACCAGCAAGUGGUUUCAGAAGGACAAAGGCAACAGUCUCGACUUCUUCACAAUAUGACUUGACACCUUCUACCACUCCAACACCAACUACGACUCGUAGAACGACGACGGUAAGAAUAACGACAACAACAGAGGAUUCCUGCAAAGAUUAUUAUGCACAAUGCUCGUUUUGGGAGACAAUGGGUGAAUGUCGAAAGAAUCCCUUCUUCAUGCGACCAAAUUGCCAGAAAUCUUGCAAAUCAUGUGGUGAGCAUGUUGAUACUGUGUAUGCGCCGACACCACGCCCCGGAUGCGACAAUGGGCAUAAAUAUUGCAAUUUCUGGGCUCAUAUAGGGGAAUGCACGAAGAAUCCAAAUUACAUGCUACCACACUGUAGACUAGCGUGCAGAGUUUGCUAA